AAUCAACCACUUCUCCAACCUGUCAUUCAUGGAAUUACAUUGCACUAUCACCAAAAGGCUAGUGCUUACAGCAGAAUGCCUUCUCUAGGUGAUGAUGUUUUUGAUUAUCCUCACGCCAAGAGGCAGAAACGUGCCUCAGGGCAGGAUAUUUCAAGCAAGCGGCCUCCUACGUCUAGGAUCUUUUCUCCUUUCCGAACUCUAGGCUUGGUGUCGCCGACUACUGUCCCGUUUACCUCUGUUCGCUUGGGUAAAUCCACUUUCCAGAUCACGACUUCUGUAGGCCAUGUGUUGCAAACUUAUGAUUUGCGAAGAGGCUUGAAUUUGGUAUUUCUCACUCAGCCUCAGACUCCCGAGAUUAUCACCGCAACAUUUGCAUGGCAGGACAAAGUCUUUGUGGCCUGGGGAAAUCUGCGGCCGACCUCCCCCGGAGGUGUAUGGGUUUACAAGCGUGGUAAGAAGAUUGCGGCCCUGGAAACGCCCCCUGGAUUUGGUGAGCGUGUUGAGCAGUUGCUAGUUUUUGGUUCUUGGAUCGUCGGCUCUUGUAGCAGGAGUAUAAAAAUAUGGAAGUCUGGGUCCUACGAGCACUACACGACAUUGAGCCCGACUCCGGUUCAGGCCGCCCCCAUGGACCCAGUCUAUACCGGGAAAAUGUGCAGUAUGCCGACAUACAUGAACAAGAUUUUUGUUGGGAGGCACGAUGGUGCAAUUGAUAUCUGGAAUUUGAGAACAGGGCGACUUCUGUACUCUAUACUACCGUCUUCGUCAAACGCUGGGCCCGUUACUGCUCUUCAACCAACACCUGCCUUAUCCCUCAUUGCCGUUGCUCACAGAAAUGGCGCGCUCUCCAUCCACGAUGUUGAUGCUGACCGACUCGUCCUAAGUCUAAAACAAGCAUCGCCAAGAGCCUCGCCGAUUACCUCCAUUUCCUUUCGAAGUGAUGGCCUCGGUGCCGGUGAAAGUGGUAACAAGCCCGGUGUUAUGGCAACUGCCUGUUUAGAUAGCGGUGAUAUUACUUUGUGGGACUUGAACAAUGGAGGCCGGGUGGCAGGUGUACUUCGUGGUGCACAUUCAAUUUCUUGCAAUAAGAAGGGGUCUGGAAUUAACGGGAUUGCAUUUUUGGACGGGCAGCCUUUGCUGGUUUCGUCUGCAAAUGACAACUCUCUUAAAACUUGGAUCUUCGAUGAAACUCCUUUCUCUCCUCUUCCCAGACCUCUUCACUCGAGGAAAGGUCAGCCUGCGGACGUCACCGCCCUUGAGUUUUUGCCAGCAGCCUCAGAUGGCUCUGAAUAUAGCGGGAAAUGGCUACUAAGCGCAAGCAGAGACUGCAGCCUCUGGGGUUUUAGCCUCCGGAAAGAUAGCCAGAACACUGAGCUUUCGCAGGGUGGCGCGGGACGCAGAGCAAAGAAGACAGGGGCCUCUGGCAAUGGGGCUGCACAAAAUUCCCUGGGGCUGGAGGGAUCGAGGGCUCCGGAGAUAACCUGCAUUGCCUGCUCUCUGAACCGUGAUGGUGGGAUGGGCGUCACGACAUCAGGCCCAGUCUGGGCAAAUACGAGCGCUGCAAACACAGAUGCUUCUAAUGCAACUGGCUGGGAAAGCUUGGUCACCGGUCACCGUGGAGACAAGUAUGCCCGUACUUGGUUUUGGGGCAAAAAACGGGCCGGUCGAUGGACAUUUGAGACAGGUGAUGGAACAGAAGUCAAGAGUGUAGCCAUGUCGCAGUGCGGGACCUUUGCCCUUGUGGGGUCCGCAGGGGGAAGCAUCGAUUUGUUCAACAUGCAGUCUGGUUCACAUCGACAAAGGUUCCCUUCGCGUUCAUUAAAACUACUCAAUAAAAGAUCGAACUUCAAGAGUGGGAAUGCGGUUGCUUCUCUGGAAGGCGGAGGGAAGCACACUAAAGCAGUAUCUGGUUUGAUGAUUGAUUCACUUAAUCAGACGGUCAUUAGCUGCGGGUUGGACGGAAGGGUCAAGUUCUGGGAUUUCGUAUCUGGACUCCUUAUUGAUGAACUUAAUUGGCAUCCAAUGUCUGCAAUCACCGGGCUUCGCUACAACAGUACUAGCGGACUUGUUGCACUUAGCUGCGAUGAUCUUUCUAUUCGUAUUCUUGACAUCGAAACCAGGAAAGUUGUCCGUGAGUUCUGGGGUUGUGUUGGUCAAAUCAACGAUUUGGCUUUCUCUAACGAUGGACGGUGGAUUAUCGCUGCUUCUAUGGACUCUGCUAUCCGGGUAUGGGAUUUACCGACAGGACAUCUCAUAGAUAUCUUUCGGGCACCCGGCACAUGUACAGCAUUGGCUAUGUCCCCAACAGGGGAAUUUCUGGCAACAGCCCAUGCAGAUGCGGUAGGUAUCAAUCUAUGGAGCAACAGGAGUUUGUUUGCGCCUGUCUCUGCGAAGCAUAUCGACGAGGCUAGCAUCACGGAUAUUUGUAGCCCAAUCGUGUCUAGCGAAAGUAUUUCAGGGCCGAUAGAUGCUGCAUUUUCAGAAACUUACCAGGAUGAGAAAGAAGAGGGGCCAGUACUGUCUACCGGGCAGCUAAGCAAGGAGAUGGUGACUCUUAGUGUCGUACCCAAAAGCAGGUGGCAAACAUUGCUCUAUUUGGACAUCAUCAAAGAUCGCAACAAGCCAAAGGAUCCUCCAAAACAGCCUGAGAAGGCGCCUUUCUUUCUCCCAUCUCUUCUUCACAAGCAGAGCCCUGAAGGGAUUGAGAGUAAUGGGAGGUUUGAAGACGCUCAUAUGAAAUCCACUAUUGAAAGUACUUCUGCCGAGAUUUCACGGAUUUCUAAAACGCAAAACAUGAAACGUAUUGAUGCUGCAAGCUCUCGUUUUUCCGUGCUCCUACGGUCAGGGUACCAAUCUGCCGAUUUUGCGCCGUUUGUUGAAUACUUGAAGUCGCUCCCUCCAGCCAAAGCCGACCUUGAAAUCCGGUCACUUGAUCCUCGAGUUCGUGAUGGCCAUUCUGAGCUCUCGUAUUUCGUUGCAGCUUUAACCGGUUGUUUAAGAGCAAAGAGGGAUUUCGAGCUCGUGAAUGCUUGGAUGGCAGUGUUCCUCAGGGUCCAUGGCGAUAUCGUAAGGAAGUGUUCCGAGCAGGAUGUUGGCGAGGCUCGUGCAUUAAGGGAUGCUCUUGAUGCGUGGGAUUACGAGCAGCAGCUUGAGGGGGAACGUUUGGCCAACCUAGUAGGGUAUUGCCGUGGAGUGGUAGCGUUCUUGAGAUCUGUGCGUUGAGAUUGAAAACCCCCGGGAGUUGGGCCGCUGUGGGAUCGCAAUGGAGAUUAUGUACUGCGUAUACGGAGUAAUUUGCAUGUUGUCUUGGGGCAAUAUGGCUAGAAUAAUCCACUUAUGAGAAGUUCAAACGCUAGAUGCUAUUACUACCUAGGCAGAGAAUGGACAUGCGAGGUGUACGAGCCAAUUUAUUUAUUUAUAAUAAACGAUAUUUUAAAACCCC